AUGUCGACCGGUACUAUCUUCAAUCAGCCUAAGACGGCUGUUCAAUUGCCGCAGGAGCUGAUCGAUGCUAUAAAUAAUGGAGCUGAACCCUACCCUAUUCCCGAGGGAAAAGAGUAUGGCUAUGGCACUGCUGGUCGUACGGCGCGCGCCCUCAUCCAACUACCCUCAGCUGAUCGUUCUAGCAAGGCUGGCUUGGACCAUGUCAUGUACACGGUUGGCCUCAUCGCGGCUGCAAGAUCCAAAAAGCGGAAUGCUACUAUUGGUGUCAUGAUCACUGCCUCUCACAACCCCGCAGAAGACAAUGGCGUUAAGCUGGUAGAUCCAAUGGGUGACAUGCUUGAGCAAUCAUGGGAAAGCUAUGCCACUGUCCUGGCUAAUACUCCCAGCAAUGAGCUUGGCAAGGCAUAUGAGACGCUCGUUAAUGACGAGUUGGUAGACGAGCUUCGGAAGAUCCAUGACCGUCCCGCGAAAGUCAUCUUCGGCCGUGACACUCGUCCCUCAGGCAUUCAUCUUGUCAAGGCCCUCAAGGCUGCUCUUGAUGCGGUCAAGGUCGAGUACACCGACUACGGGAUUCUGACUACGCCACAGCUGCACUACCUUGUUCGCUGUAUCAAUACAAAGGGUACCCCUUAUGAGUUCGGCGAGCCCACCGAGCAGGGAUACUACGAAAAGAUGGCCAAAGCGUUCAAGUCUCUUAUGCAUGGCCGUACUAUCCAAGGACCGGUGACUGUCGACUGUGCCAAUGGCGUGGGUGGCCCCAAGCUCAGAGAACUCGUCAAGUACAUCCCUUCGGCUUCAGAAGGUGGCAUCGAUAUCAAAGUCACUAACGACGAUACGCUGAAUCCGGACGUCUUAAACUACGAGUGCGGUGCCGACUACGUCAAAACCAAGCAGCGUGCGCCUCCCACAUCCACUGCUAACCCCAAUGAACGCCACGCCUCGCUUGACGGCGAUGCCGACAGGGUUGUGUACUACUAUACUGACAGCAGCAACACCUUCCACCUUUUGGAUGGAGACCGCAUCGCAACACUAGGUGCGGCCUUCUUGGCGGACAUGACGCGCUCCGCUGGCAUCGAUAGCAAGCUUAAAAUCGGAAUCGUCCAGACCGCCUAUGCCAAUGGCGCCGCGACCGAAUACGUCGAAAAGGUACUCAAGCUCCCUGUAGAGUGCACAAAUACUGGUGUUAAGCACUUGCACCAUGCGGCGGCACGUUUCGACAUCGGCGUGUACUUCGAGGCCAACGGACAUGGCACAAUCUUGUUCAGCGAGAACGCCAUUCGAACAAUUCGCGAGACGGACCCAAAAUCCCCCGGCCAGAAACACGCACUAGACUCGCUAUCCGCCUGCAUCGACCUCAUCAACCAGGCCGUCGGAGAUGCUCUGUCCGAUCUACUGUUUGCCGAGGUGGUGCUGGCGCACAAAUCCUGGACUCCAGAAAACUGGCGCAACACCUACAUCGACCUGCCCAACUUUCUGAAGCGCGUCGAGGUGCCUGACCGACGCAUCUUCAAGGCUGUGGAUGCUGAGCGGAAGCUGGAGUCACCCAAGGGCAUGCAAGAGGAGAUUGACGGUUUGGUUCGCCUCUACGACCGUGGACGCAGCUUCGUGCGGGCCAGUGGCACCGAAGAUGCAGUGCGCGUAUAUGCAGAAGCAGGCAACCGCACUGAGGCCGGUAAGCUGGCAAGUAGUGUGGAAGCACUGGUCAAGCGAUUUGCGACAUCAUAA